AUGCAACUUCCGUUUACAGAUGAGGAAGCUGUUUAUCGAUUCUAUAAGACUUAUGCAAUGAUGCACGGUUUCGCUGUGAGGUUGGAUGAAGUCAGACGCGAUAGCGAUGGUUCCGUAAUUAUGCGCCAAAUUGUUUGCAAUCGGGCGGGCUUUAGAAAGGAAGAGGUUGAGGGACCACCGACCCUAACUCGAAGUUGUUGCCGGGUGAGAAUUCGUGCAAGACUAGAUACAAAAAUUCAGAAAUGGAAGGUUGUUUCGUUCUACGAAGAGCACUCUCAUGAAUUAGUUGCUCCACUCGACGUUAGCAUGAUGCCUGAGUAUUGCACAUUCAGUGUCUCGGAUAAAGCUCAGGCAAAGAAUUUACACGACAUAGGCAUCAGGACCUGUCACAUCUUGGGAUACUUGGCUGCUCAAAAAGGUGGAUAUGUAGACUUGUCAUUCAACCAAAAAGAUAUGUACAACCUCAUUACUCAACAUAGGAAUGAAAAGGUGAAGGGUGGUGAUGCAAAUGCUGCAAUAAGCUACCUGAGAGGUAAAGUUGGGAAUGAAUCUUAUUUCUUUGGCAAGUUCACAUUAAGUAAUGAGAAUCGAUUGGAAAAUUUGUUCUGGGCUGAUGGGACUAGCCAUAUUGAUUAUGAGUGCUUUGGGGAUGUCUUGACAUUUGAUUCGACUUACAAUAGGAAUGUCUACAAUAAACCACUUGUGAUAUUUUCUGGUAGCAAUCAUCAUGGGCAGACUGUCAUAUUUGGUUGUGGUCUUCUUGUUAAUGAGGAUAUUGGUUCAUACAAGUGGCUCUUGGAAACAUUUUUUGGAAGCAAUGGGGAGAAUGCAUGCGAGAAGGUUAAGAACAGUGGAUUUCUAAACGACUUCAAGAAAUUGAUUUAUGCCAAUGUGAGUGUUGAAGAGUUUCAGGUCAUGUGGACAACAUCCCACUGUGAAGGGAUUAACUCUCUAAUAAAAGCAUAUGUGAGAAAGAAAGAUACCCUUCUUGAAUUCAUCAAUAACAUGGAGACCGUGGUUAGCCAUUACAGGAACAAUGAAAGAGUCGCAGAGUUCAAUAGUAAAUAUACCGAUCCAGUACUUGUGACUUCUUUGCCGACACUUGAAGAUUUUGCUGCAAAGACUUUCACUCAUAAUAUGUUCCGGGAGGUCAGAAAGGAAAUUGAGGGUGCUUGUGCAAUGACUUCAAGUGUAACAGUUUUGGAGUGCUAA